AUGGCCCCGGAGCAUGUCGAUUAUCCAAACUCAACACGAUAUGAACAAAGCAGCAAUAAUUAUUUUACCCAACAACAGCGUGGGUUCCGCCCUGCUUGUUAUGUUCGCCCGCACAACGCCACUGAAGUCUCCGUCAUCAUGAAAAUCCUCGUCCAAAACAAUGCCACGUUCAACGUCAAGAGUGGCGGCUUCUCGCGUUUUGCCGGCGCCUCCAGCAUCAACGGCGGCGUUCUCAUCGAUCUCAGCCGCAUGAACUCGAUUAAAACCGUUAUGGACGGAUCUUCCACAAUGGUGGGUCCUGCUGCGCGAUACUAUGACAUUUACCGAAUCUGGGACGACACCGAAUACGUAGGCUUUGCCCCCAAGAAUAGCGAUCUGACCGUUGCUGGGUACGUGCUUGGCUGUGGCUUUUCUUUCAUCCCGCACAAUGCUGGGUUUGCCUGUGACGACGUGUUCAACUUCGAAGUCGUCUCGGCAAAAGGAGAAAUCCUUAGAGUCAAUAGGAGGGAACACAAAGAGCUCUUCUCUGCCAUUCGUGGCGGCGGUGGUUCCAGCUUCGGCAUUAUCACCCGCUUCCAUAUUGCCCGAUUCUCUUGCAAGAAAGCCUGGUGGCAGCAUCUCCUGUUUCCUGCUUCCAUGAACGAGGACUUGAUGAAAGUUUAUGCCCACAUGGCAAAGAAGGUUCUUGGUUACGAUCUGACUUCCCAUUCUUUCCUGAUGAGCACCUAUUCGGAAUUCCAUGGAGACUAUGUGACUGAGGUCCAUUUAGUAACUGAAGGGAUAGACACCGAGCAUCACCAUCAUAUGCCGGCAUUGGCAAAGCCUUUCCAAUUGCUUCCAGGAGCUCUCAGAAAUAUCACCGAGGCAAAUGGAGAAGCUAAUUUCACAACCACCUUUAGUGAACCUGCUGGCUUCCGCCGCUCGGCCUGGUCGACCUCGGUUGGCGUCGAUAGGCCCAAAUUCCUGGCGGAAAUUCUCUCCAACUGGCAAGCACUGGAUAAAAAGCUCAAGAACUUGCCAAACCAGAAAGGCUUUAGGUCAGAACUAGAAUUCCAGCCCGUGUCAGAACGUUUGCUCUGGAACACGCAGCGAAGCCGCCAUAAUGCCUUGAGGUUACCCGCUUCAAUGGGCCCGAUGAUAUUCGUCCUAUUGUCUGUGCAAUGGGCCGACUCGGCAUUUGAUGAUAUCAUGGACGCUGAGUGCAAGCGGUUUAUCGAUCAAAUUGAUGAGACGGCAAAGAUAAUUGACCAGUACUGCGGUUUCAUACACAUGAACUACGCCCAUCCCAGCCAAGAUUUCUGGGGACGUUUGAGCCCAAAGUCUUAUGAUAGGCUGAUGGCCACGGCGAAGAAGUAUGACCCGGAUCGCGCACUGAAUAGGCUGUGGAGAGGCUAUUUUAAAUUUGACGAGAUUGAGGGAUAG